AUGGGAUUUGGAGGCGGGAACUUGCCUACCAGGUGUGGUCCUGCAUUUGCUGUAUCCCUUGACACAAGCAUGAGUGCUUCCCUGUGCCAGGGUGUCAUGCCAGAGCUGCUGACAAGAUGCAGAGCGUUGCCUGUCCCAGCCACCUGUGGCCGCCAAUUCUCCAGGUACGUUGCCCGCAGAUUUUACUCUGGCGGCGCAGAAAGAGGGAGGCGCUUGGUGCUGUCCCGCUUGUUCCAGCCACAGAACCUGCGGUGCGACCAGGUGCUAUCCCUGGAGGACGGAUCUGGUGAGCUGACCUGUAAGAGCCAGCGGCUGAUGCUGCAGGUGGGCCUGAUCCACCCGGCGAGUCCCGGCUCUUACCACCUCCUGCCUUAUACCGUCCGUGCCAUGGAGAAGCUCGUGCGGGUGAUAGACCAGGAGAUGCAGGCCAUUGGAGGGCAGAAACUCAACAUGCCCAGCCUCAGCUCGGCAGAGCUCUGGCGAGCCUCCAAGCGGUGGGACUUGAUGGGCAAGGAGCUGCUAAGACUUAGAGACCGACACGGCAAGGAGUACUGCUUAGGACCAACCCACGAGGAAGCCGUUACGGCCCUGGUCGCCUCCCAGAAGACACUGUCCUACAAGCAGCUUCCGUUCCUGCUGUACCAGGUGACAAGGAAGUUUCGGGAUGAGCCCAGGCCCCGCUUCGGUCUUCUCCGCGGCCGAGAGUUUUACAUGAAAGACAUGUACACCUUCGACUCCUCCCCAGAGGCCGCUCGGCAGACCUACAGCCUGGUGUGUGAUGCCUACUGCAGCCUGUUCAGCAGACUGGGGCUGCAUUUUGUCAAGGUCCAGGCAGAUGUGGGCAGCAUUGGGGGCACGAUGUCUCAUGAGUUCCAGCUACCAGCAGAUGUCGGAGAGGACCGGCUUGCAGUCUGCGCCAGCUGCAACUUCUCGGCCAAUAUGGAGACACUAGACUCGUCACAAACAAGCUGUCCUGCUUGUCAGGGCCCACUGACUGAAACCAAAGGCAUUGAGGUGGGGCACACGUUUUACCUGGGCACCAAGUACUCUUCCAUCUUCAAGGCCCAGUUUGCCAACGUCCACGGCAAACUCUCUCUGGCUGAAAUGGGGUGCUAUGGCUUGGGCGUGACGCGGAUCUUGGCUGCUGCCAUCGAAGUCCUGUCUACAGAGGACUGCAUUCGCUGGCCUGGCCUCCUGGCCCCUUACCAGGUCUGCCUCAUCCCCCCUAAGAAGGGCAGCAAGGAGGCGGCGGCCCCGGAGCUCAUGGGGAGCGUGUACGACCAUAUCACAGAGGUGGUGCCGCAGCUUCGCGGGGAGCUCCUGCUGGAUGACCGGACUCAUCUGACCAUUGGGAACAGACUGAAAGACGCCAACAAGCUUGGCUACCCCUUCGUGAUCAUUGCUGGCAAAGGGGCCCUGGAAGACCCUUCACGUUUUGAGGUUUGGUGCCAGAACACUGGUGAGGUGGUCUUCCUGACCAAAGAAGGAGUCAUGGGAUUACUGAAGACUGUGCAAGUUGUCUGAGUGCUCCCCAGGCCCCACCCCUGCCCUGUCUCACAGCCGUGGCGCUCAGUCUAAUGCUGCAUCUCCCUACAGUCCUAUCCCGGGCUGUGUUUUCCAGAAACAGGGCUCCUAGUGGAAGGUGAGACCGUAAUAGGGAAACCAAUUUUUAUUUGAUCAUUUGUGCAGAUGACUUGUAUUUCAAAUUAUCAACUCGAUCUCUUUCUCUGGACUGGUUAUUCCGCCACAUGCCAUUCCUUUUAUAUUCCACUGGUGGAAGCUUCUCUCAGGAGGCAGAGACGAAAGAAAGAGACCCGAGUUCUAGUCUUGGCUCUGGGUUGAGUCACUUCCCUCUCUCUGCUGAGUCCCCCCAUGUGUACAGCGGGAGUGGCUGGGCCGGGCCCUCCUGACUGACACACUGUGACCAAGUCCACUUGCUGCAGUAGGUCCGAGAGCAGGCCCACCGCCCUCCCCCAUGGAGAAGUUGGACUGAGGGUGUGGGGAAAAGAACCAGGAGAUCAAACCGUGCCACUGACUCACUGGUGCCCUGAACAUGUCCCCUCCCUUUUUGGGGCCUCCAUUUCCCCAUCUGCAACAUGAGAAAAUGGAACUAGAUUUAUAAAGUCCCUAUAGCUGUCAUUGGCUUGUUCUGUGAGAGGUUCGUGACAUGCAGAGCUGAUUCCUGUAAUCCUCCAGAGCCUUAAAGCUGCCUGGGAAAUUGGUGUAAUUAGCUGAUGACUUGAGACAAAACUACCUCCAGAGACCUGGCCGUAUACAGGCAGCUUAAGCACUGAGAUCAUGUUAUAUUGAUUGAAUAAAGUCAAAGUGUUGGAAU